AUGAGCAAAGAGGACCACCGCAAACUUUUUGCAGGUCUCUUCCACAACGAUAAGGAGGUCUGCCGAGGGUUAUAUGGGCAGCUGCGGAAGCGAACGGAGGAGCACGAAGGACCCGAUGAUAGUUAUGUGAAGAUAAAGAAGAGGAGGAGUACCCCUGCAAGCCGCUUCAACCGAACAAGCAAGAAAAGGCUCAAUCUCAGUGACGCACUCGUCAGUGAGAUGAUGAGGAACUACCACAAGCGGGUCUACGUCGGCAUGGAAAAGGGGUUACUAGCCAAGCUGGACAGCCAAAGGGGAAGAAGAAAAAACGGGAGCAGUGAGCUCGGUGGACAGAAUGGCCAAGAGACGUCCAAAGAAAAAAACGAAUACCAUUUUAUGCUAAGUCUGAUGGAGCAAGAAGGGGAAGACUCAAGUGGGGAUGAACUAACAGAGGUGUAUUGCGAUGGGGGGGAAGCUAACUUUGUGAGGGACGUUGAGGGUAGCCCCAAUUUGUCUACCCAUUCUGGGAGCGACUUCAGCACAGGCUCAGACGGGAGUACCGCUUCCAGGGGGAGUACCCCUUCCAGUGAAAGUACCUCUUCCCAUGGGAGCACCCCCUCCAGUGUUGACGACGAUGUGGUGCGAGCGAAACGGAAGGGGAAGAACCGUGCGAUCGGUCCAAACAGGAGGCCUCCCCCCCAAAAGAAAAAGGGAGGAGUUACGAACAAGAAGAGCUACGCGAAAAGGGAAGAGGAAACAAAAAAGAAAAAGGAACCCCCCCUCGGAAGUAGCAAACACAGGAACGUAGAUGUAGACGUGUUAGAAAAUUUCGACGUGUACCGAAGUGGAAAGAACCGAUCGUGUGGAUUCUUCUUCCUCCUUGUGAAGGUGUGCCUAGACAAACACAACGACCCAAACGUUGAUGAGAGGGAAAAGCAAACCUACAGGAACUACGUCACUUAUGUGCUGAACAAGUAUGGCCAUCACGGUGACUUUGAAAAUCCAUAUAUUCUUGAAAUGAUUCCGAAGGAGUGGUCCCUGGAGGAGGUCCUUCACUUUGUCAGUCUAAACCUAAAGAAGAGGAACAGCCUGUACAUGUGCAUGCACUUUUACCACAACUUGGUUAAGGCCAACUACUUGAGCGCGUCCUACGAGCUCAUCGGGGGAAAGGAGCAACGGCUCCUCGUCAAGGACAAGCUGUAA